GCACCGGUUUUUUUGAAACAAAUAUUUAAAAUCGGAUUUUACUUAUUUAACCAUAUUGAAUAUACAGUUUGAUAUAUCAUUUAUGUUUUAAAGCACAUUAAUACGUAAAUGAGGAGCACAAAGUGGUUUGAUAUCAGUGCAUUGCUUGAAGUGUACUCGUGGUUAUCAUCAGGGAAUGAACGCACCCAUUUCUACGUCACUGUCAGACUGUCACAUUUUGACAAGUCGGCAGUGAAUUCGUGGCCAAGGAAAAUAAUUGAUGAAACUUUUGUGAAAAACUCGAUUUAAAGGAAGAAAUUGGACUCUUUCUCUCAAUAAAUUUGUCUGCGACUUCAUCUGUUACCAAGAGAGAUGGGGGUGGCAAUCAGUCGCUACGGGGAGUUAUCUAGCAAUGAGCUGCUGGAACGCUUUGUUUCUCCGGAUAUCAUCAGCUCAAACGACCCCUUCUGGAACCAGAUGUUGUCCUUCAACAUCACUCCACCAAGCAGUGUUGAGGAGCAGCUGAUAUUCGAUUCCAGCACAGAAAACCUACUCCAACAGUUCUUGUCUAACAAUGGUGACACUGGGAACCUAGGUGCACUGGUCCAAGUGUUUAUCACGCGUGCCACUGAACUACUCGCCUCGCCUACCAGCGACAAUGUGAUGCUGGCAUGGCAGACGUUCAACGCUCUGUUCGUGAUCCGCUCCGUGGUGAAGUAUCUCGUGGAGAUGGUCCCUGAAUCCGAAGUGUGCCGCCAUCUUGAUGUCAUAGUUCAGGAUCGAAGACCGCCGUUAGACCCAGCGUCAGACGAGGCACAGGCGUCGCCCAAACAGCCGGUACUGAACGCGGAGAGCCGGGUCGAGAUGCUAGUCGACGCUCUUAUAAGCCUUAUUAUAGACGUCCCAGUGACUGAUAACACGUACUACCUUCACUUGGAAUGUAUCAACACUCUUCUUGUACUUAUGAGCGUGUACAUGUUCUCUGGCGUACACGGCCAAACCCGGAUCGAAAAUAGCCUUAUUUACAGAACAUUGUUCCAAGGCCGGUACGGCAUGCAAGCGCCCCUCCUAGUGAAGACUCUCCUGAACCAUCUGUCGAGCAUGCUCGCCGCUCCGCCGCACAUGUUCGGUACGGGCGUGCCGGGCGGCAGUAUACUAGUUAACUUGGCUUCUGGGUUUUGGAACAUGCUAACAUUGAGUAGUCCGGCCGCCCCCACUAUAUACACCAACCCCCCACAAGACAGACACACUCUUAUGCAGGAGUUACAGAAGAGACAUCCUUUGGCAAAUCAGGCUUGUCUUCUACUACUCGCGCUUGCAAACCAUUGUGCGACGCGGAACCUCUACCGACAGGCGCUUCUUUCGGCGGCCGACACUGCCAAUACAGCUACGACACCACAGAAAGAACCGGAGAAAGGCUCUGGACCAGAGAUGACGCCGCCCCGAAUAGACAUGGCUGCGCUCCACAAAGCCCUCUGCGCCACGGCGGGCUGCGAACACUCCACACUACUUCUGUAUCUGAUGCUGCACUCCUGUAAAGCGUACAAGCGGCAUGUUAGCAAUGUGCCGCAUAUAGAACACUUGAUAGUCCCAAUACUCCAAGUGCUAUACAACGCGCCAGACAGCAACUCACAUCACAUAUACAUGUCGCUAAUCGUACUACUUAUACUGACAGAAGACGAUGCUCUAAUAAAGAAUGUGCAUCUCAUCACAUUGAAAAACAUACCCUGGUACACGGAGCGCCAAAUAUCAGAGGUGUCACUCGGUGGCCUAAUGGUUCUAGUAUUAGUUCGCGCGCUGCAGUACAAUAUGGCGCGCGUGCGCGACAAGUACUUGCACACUAACUGUCUCGCCGCCAUCGCUAACAUGAGCUGCGAGUUCAGAAACCUUCAUCCGUACGUCGCGCAGAGGCUGGUGUCGCUAUUCGAAACACUUUCCAAACGAAGAGCGAGGCUGUGCAACGAAAUAGAAGGAGGCGAUAUUAAUAAUAUAGAAUUACCACAUCACGCAGAGGAGAAAACAGAAGAAAUAGUGGAACACAUUCAGGUCCUUGACGAAGUACUCCGAAUGCUGCUGGAGAUAAUGAACUCCUGCUUAACACACCAGCUGCAGCAUAAUCCUAAUAUGGUGUACUGUCUCCUGCACAAGCGACAGCUGUUCCAGAAUAACCCACAUCACAUCACGCAGAAUAUUGAAAUGGUCAUAGGUUACUUCUCGACUCGUCUACAGCGGGUUCAAGAUGGCGCCGGCGGCGACCUCAGCGUGACAGAAGUGCUCGCGUGCAUCAAGAAAGGCGCCGAGCAGUGGUCCAGCGACAGAUUAAAGAAAUUUCCCGACCUAAAAUUCCGCUACGUGGAAGAGGAAAGGCCCGAAGAAUUCUUCACCCCCUACGUGUGGUCGCUGGUGGGGGGUUGCGGGGGGGUUUACUGGAGCAGCGAAUGCGCCCGCGCGGCGUCCGCUCUCUGCUGAUACCUUGCUUCCUCUGGUUUACUCCAAAGAAGAUCGAGAAUAUAAAACUAUAUACGGAGUUACAUGUCUUUGUACACAAGAUAGAAUGAGCCUCGUUAACCGGUUUUUACUGAUUUUGAAACCGGUUAUUUUUAGCGUGAUAGUUUAAUAACUUAACCGCGAAAUUAAAAUUCCCCGAUGUAGUGGACCGAUUUUCAUGAAGCAUGACUAAGAUCACUCCCGACUAAUUCAGCUUUCAAACAAAAAAACCUAAAUCAAAAUCGGUCUAACCGUUCGGGAGCUACGAUACCACAUACAGACAGACAGACACGUCAAACGUCCCCCGUCGUUUUUGCGUCGGGUGUUAAAAACAAAUAGCAAAGCAUUUUACCCACAAGAAUUAUCUAUUUGAGGUUUUACUUUCAACCUCACAUCAUGUACAGUCAACCAAUUGGAACCCUAGGUCACUGUAGAACUAUGUCAUAGUGACGUUAUAAGUCAGACUGCAAGACUCUCUUACUGCUUGUCAUUUUGACAUGGUCGUAGAGUGGCCUAGGGUUUCAAUUGGUUGACUGUACCCAGUUUAAAAACCUCAUGUUUAUUUAUAGGAAGUUCUUAAAUACUAACUGCAGUCCCGAAAAGAUGCUUACAUUGAUACGCGAAUUAAAAACCGGUUAAUUUUCUGUAACCGGUUUUGGUUACCGAACGAAAAAAAAAAUUAGGAAUGUUUUAAAAAUUAUUUUCUGUAAUAAUUUACAACGUACGUACGAAGUUUGUUGAUUUAUUUUUAAUAAGAGGUUUAGUUUCUUAUGAAACCGGUUUUAAAACGAGUGGAUAGGUGGAUACUCAAAUAAACCAUGUAAAGUGUGCAAAAUAUUGUAAUAUAAUAUUGAUAACUGAAUUAAUUGACGGUAAAAUAUGACGCCGUAGGUAUAUUUAAUCACACCUUGAGAAAUUCCAUUCUCACUUGCUAUAUCGCUAGAUUUACAUAAUUAUCAACUUGUGAUGAUGAAAAUGUACUAUAAUAUAGUCGACCAUAGAUUACAUUUAAAGCUCGGCCACACAUGCGCAUUUUAAGAGCGUAGGCGGAGCGUUAGCGGAGCGCAAUGACAGCGGUGCGCCGGACGGUCGCUGGCGUUGCGCCCAGCGGAUGCCGGCGGGAACUAACGAGCGCGGAAUGCGCGGCGCAUUCAGCGCGCGUUCCGCUCCGCUACCGCUACGCUUUCAAGACGCUUUAUGUGUGACGGAGGCUUUAUAGUAUUUUAAGAUGUUUUUAGUUAUAUUUUAUUGGAAGAGAUAUUAUUGAAGUUCAGCUUUUGUAGUUUUUGAAUUUGACAAUGUUAGUGUUGUAAUAAUUUUUAAUUUAUUUUUAGGCAACAGCGGUGACACUUUUAUAACUCCUAAAUGCACUUUUGCUUAUUCACCUUUUUUUUGUUUAUACUUUAUCACUAUUUUCACAAUGUGUUAUACUAUGUAUAGAUGGCCAACCAAAUCUUUGCACUAAAAAAUCGGCCAAGAGCGUGUCGGGCCACGCUCAGUGUAGCGUACCGUAGUUCCCC